AUGGAUCUUUCCCACCCCAUUGUCGGCUACAUGCUGAUCCUCUGCACCUUCAUGUGUCCCACCACACUGGCAUCCGUCCACCCUCGAGACGCACUACACUCCCAUCGUGCCCUUGACGGACAAACCCUGUCCACAUCGACAGUCAAGCAAGCUGUCGCCAUCGCAGCCGGCGUCACAGUCUUGCCUCCCGCCAUGACUCCAGCGACUCCUUGCACCGGUACCGACUGCGCCAGCCCUUCUCUUCUUCCCGACAUCUUGCCAUGUAACGCCGCGAAUGGCACGACUCUCCUUGAACAGACCAGGAAGGCCAACUAUACCAUCCUCUGCGACAUCGACUAUCCCGACCAAAACAUCUAUCCGUUCGUGCCGGCCGGCUCUUUCCAGGAAUGCUUGACACAAUGCGAGAUCCGCAACCAGGCCAGCAGUGCUGGAAGUCAUUGCGCUGGAUUCGUCUUUGCUCCAGACCGAGUGCACGAGGCGGACAACUGCUAUCUGAAGUCAUCUGUGGAAGAUCCGAUUCCGGCAACAAUCCACUUGGUCGGCGCGACGUUGGUGUCUCCUUCAAGUUCCACGAGCUGUGCAUCAGAGACAGCAUCACGGCGUUGA